CACUUGCUGAUGUGGAUGGCAAUUUUGCAAUUUUAUUGAAAAACAAGGGGCAAAAAUGAUAUUUCAUGUUCCUUUUUCCACACCCUCUCUGAACUCUCUCCUUCCCCUCUCUGAACUCUCUCCUUCCCCUCAAAUCUAAUCUGCAUUUCUUCUCCUUCUCUCUCCUUAGGCUGAUCUAUCUCUCUUUUUCUCUUCUCCCUCGCCUGAGUUUUCUCUCUAAGGAACAGUGGUACAAUGUUUAUUAAAGACUGAAAUUAAGGCAAUUUUGAAAUUAGUUGUGGAAAUAGUUAAUCACCUCGCCAACGAUUUUGUGGGAGGGGGCAAAUUUUGGCACCGUCGGCGAGACAACCAACAAACCGAGAUGAGAGAACAAGAAAGGGCGAGAAAAUAGGAUGAAAGGGAAAGAGAGCGAUUGGGAUGAUGAGUUAUGAGAGAGAGUGAACAAAGACUUCUUUUUUUUUUUUUUUUUUUUUUUUUUUUUAAUUUUGCUGACAUGACAUUGGAUUAUUAUCUUAUUACUAUUUUUGACAUGUAGGAGGGUGUACAAAGUGGUUCCUCCACGUUUGGAUGUAUAUGUAUCGGUGCUCUAAAUAUAUGUACAUGAGGGCAACUGAUCAUACAAUGUCUAUGGACAAUAAAGGAAAGUUAAAUAUGGAGAUGACCAGAGGCGUGAGAAAAGGUGCAUGGACAUAUGAGGAAGACAAGCUACUCAAGGCUUGUAUACAGAAGUAUGGUGAAGGAAAAUGGCAUUUAGUUCCACAAAGAGCAGGAUUGAAUAGGUGCCGAAAAAGCUGUAGAUUGAGGUGGUUAAAUUAUUUAACCCCCAACAUCAAAAGGGAAAGCUUUGCUGAGGAUGAAGUUGAUAUGAUGCUAAGGUUACACAAACUUCUAGGGAAUAGAUGGUCAUUGAUUGCUGCAAGGCUUCCGGGUAGAACAGCUAAUGAUGUGAAGAAUUAUUGGCACACACAUUUGAGAAAGAAGAUGGUUUCAAGAACACUAGAAGAAAAGAAAGAAAAACCUAAGGAAACCAUGAAAGUUCAUGAAAUUAUUAAACCUAAACCUCGAACUUUCUCAACUCAUCCACCUUCGUUGAACUGGAAACAUAAUAUUAAUGUGACACCAAUUGUGGCGGUUUCAACUCAACACGGUGAAGUCUCGCCAAAUCGUGAUAAUAAAGAGAUUACGGAUUCAAACCAAAUUGGUAGAGAUAUUGUUGGUGUUUCCCAACCAAGUCUUGGUAGUGCUCCAAUACCGUGUGCAAUGUUGUGGGACAGUUUAUUGAACUUGGAGGAGCAUAAAAGUAGUGAGAAAAUUGGGUCAGGCUCUUUAUUACAAGAGGAGAACUUCAUUUCUGAGUUUCCAAAUGUGGAUGACUCCUUUUGGGAUUUCAACCUUUGUGAUUUCGAUUCUCUUUGAGAUCUUUAUAUAUUGGUUUUGGUGAUAUAUUUGCCAAUAAUAUUUCUUAGGAAAAAUGUAUUUUCUAUAUUAUACUAUCAAUAAUUUAUCAGGGUCUUCUUACAAGGAGAGCUAUAUGGAAUAAUUUAUCUCAUCAAUUCGGUUCAUAUCUAUCAAAAGCUAUAUUGCAUGGGCUCCUCACUCAUGUCAAUUUGCUUACGCAUAGAGUUAUUUAGGAUGUGAAUGAUUCAA